CUAAAUAUGGCAAAGGCGAUGAGGGCGGCAACAGAAAUGUUCCUGGCAUGCAAAAAGGACAUCAUCAGGUUAAACGUAAAACCAACAAUAAUAGAUAAAGUUGACAAGCUGUGCGCAUCCUGGCGAGUGUGCUACAUCGUUGCCGAAGAAAGGACUAAUGCAUCGGCAACUUUUGAGGACGCAGUGGUCGACUGCAUGCAAACAAUGGCCCGUACUUGGAUCACAAUCGACCCGAAUGCUCCAAAGAGAUAUAACAUUGACGUUGAUGCAGUUACAAAUGUGUACAAAACAUGUGCCCGGCGCUUCAUUCCGAAGGACGUGAACCAAAUGCUAGAAGGAGUAAAGUGGUUGAAGGAUUUUAUCUCCGGCUGAAUAUUAAUCGAUGAAAAGUGCCUCAUCAAUACUAACCCAACAAAGAAAGCGCAAUGCCUCUAGCGUUGUUCC